UGUCAGUUUAAGAGCGCGGGCGCGCGAGUGAGCGAGCGUCGUCGUCGUCGUCGUCGAACGGGCACGAGGGCUCCGUCCUUUCUCCCUCCCUUCCCAUGAGCGCGUCCGCCAACCCGCUCUUGGAGGAGCCGAAAGGAGGAGGCGGAGGCGGCUGCAGGAGCCUGCGCGGGAGCGCGCCGCGGGAGCUGAAUACCGCGAGUGCGCGGCCGGCCAACCAGCCAGCCAGCCAGGCAAGAGAGGCGAAGGGACUCUCGCUUCCUCGGGACCUGGAAUUAUCGCCGCUGCCGCCGCCGCCUCUCUCUCUCCCUCUCUGCCUUUCUCUUUCUCCUCCUCCGCCCCUCUCUCUCUCCCCCCAACUCCGGCUUGGGGGCGCAGCCGAGGGGGGACCGCCUGAGCAAGAUCAUGCCGGACCAGAUCACUGUGUCGGAGUUUAUUGCUGAGACCACAGAGGAUUACAAUUCCCCAACUACAUCCAGCUUUACUACCCGGCUACAGAACUGCAGGAAUACUGUUACACUGCUAGAAGAGGCAUUAGAUCAAGACAGAACUGCACUACAAAAAGUGAAAAAAUCUGUUAAAGCAAUAUAUAAUUCUGGGCAAGAACAUGUUCAAAAUGAAGAGAACUAUGCACAAGUACUAGAUAAAUUUGGAAGUAACUUCUUAAGUAGAGAUAAUCCAGAUCUUGGCACUGCUUUUGUAAAAUUUUCCACACUGACUAAGGAAUUGUCAACGCUGCUAAAAAAUCUGCUCCAAGGCUUGAGCCAUAAUGUUAUCUUCACAUUGGAUUCCCUUUUAAAAGGAGACUUGAAAGGAGUAAAAGGGGAUCUUAAAAAGCCUUUUGACAAAGCCUGGAAGGAUUAUGAGACAAAAUUCACAAAGAUUGAAAAGGAAAAAAGAGAACACGCAAAACAACAUGGGAUGAUACGGACAGAGAUUACUGGAGCUGAGAUUGCUGAAGAAAUGGAGAAAGAAAGGCGGCUAUUUCAGCUUCAGAUGUGUGAAUAUCUCAUUAAGGUUAAUGAAAUCAAGACAAAAAAGGGUGUGGACCUUCUACAGAAUCUUAUUAAGUAUUAUCAUGCACAAUGCAAUUUCUUCCAAGAUGGCUUGAAAACAGCUGAUAAACUAAAACAGUAUAUUGAAAAGCUGGCUGCUGAUUUAUAUAAUAUAAAGCAGACGCAAGAUGAAGAAAAGAAACAACUCACUGCACUUAGAGACUUGAUAAAAUCCUCACUACAGCUUGAUCAGAAGGAGGGGAGACUGCUCCAUCUCUCAAAACUGCAGCCUCCUGAGGAUUCUCAGAGCAGGCAAGGAGGAUAUAGCAUGCACCAGCUUCAGGGAAAUAAGGAAUAUGGCAGUGAGAAGAAGGGCUAUCUCUUAAAGAAGAGCGAUGGGCUAAGGAAAGUUUGGCAAAGAAGAAAAUGCACUGUCAAAAAUGGUAUUCUGACAAUAUCACAUGCAACCUCAAACAGGCAACCAGCUAAAUUGAACUUACUAACCUGCCAGGUGAAACCAAAUGCUGAAGACAAGAAAUCAUUUGACCUGAUAUCACAUAACAGAACAUACCACUUUCAGGCAGAAGAUGAACAAGACUACGUAGCAUGGAUAUCAGUAUUGACCAACAGUAAAGAAGAAGCUUUAAAUAUGGCAUUCCGUGGAGAACAGAGCACAGGGGAAAACAGUUUGGAGGAUCUUACAAAAGCCAUUAUUGAUGACAUACAGAGAUUACCUGGAAAUGAUGUCUGCUGUGAUUGUGGAUCACCAGAUCCAACAUGGCUUUCCACUAACCUGGGCAUUUUAACCUGUAUAGAGUGUUCUGGAAUACAUAGAGAAAUGGGUGUUCAUAUUUCUCGAAUCCAAUCUUUAGAACUAGACAAAUUAGGAACGUCUGAACUCUUGCUGGCCAAGAACAUAGGAAACAAUAGUUUUAAUGAAAUUAUGGAAGGGAGCUUACCAAGUCCUUCUCCAAAACCUACUCCAUCAAGUGAUAUGACUGCACGUAAAGAAUUUAUUACAGCUAAAUAUGUAGAUCAUAAGUUCUCCAGAAAAACUUGUGCAUCUGCAGCAGCUAAAUUGAAUGAACUACUUGAGGCUGUUAGAUCCAGGGAUUUACUUGCACUAAUUCAAGUCUAUGCAGAAGGGGUAGAGCUAAUGGAGCCAUUGCUAGAGCCUGGACAGGAGCCAGGUGAAACGGCCCUUCAUUUAGCAGUCCGGACUGCUGACCAAACUUCACUCCAUCUGGUUGACUUCCUUGUACAAAACUGUGGAAACCUGGAUAAACAGACAGCAUUGGGGAAUACAGUUCUGCACUACUGCAGUUUAUAUAAUAAGCCUGAAUGUUUGAAAUUGCUUUUGAAGGGCAAGCCAACUAUUGAUAUAGUAAAUCAAAGUGGAGAGACAGCUCUGGACAUAGCAAAGAGACUGAAAGCUACUCAAUGUGAAGACUUGCUUUCGCAGGCCAAAGUAGGAAAGCUAAAUCCACAUGUACAUGUAGAAUAUGAGUGGAAUCUUCGGCAGGAAGAAAUGGAUGAAAGUGAUGACGACUUGGAUGACAAGCCUAGUCCAAUAAAGAAAGAGCGUUCUCCAAGACCUCAGAGUUUUUGUCAUUCUUCCAGUAUUUCUCCUCAAGACAAAAUGGCUCUUCCUGGUCUUAGCACUCCAAGAGACAAACAGAGACUCUCCUAUGGAGCCUUUCCCAAUCAGAUUUUUGUCUCUGCAAGCACAGAUUCAACAACAUCACCAACAGCAGCAGAUGCCCCUCCACUUCCUCCUAGAAAUGCUGGCAAAGGUCUAUCUGGCCCACCUUCAACCCUCCCUUUAAGCACUCAAACCACUAGUGGCAGCUCCACUCUGUCUAAGAAGAGGCCCCCACCCCCACCCCCUGGACACAAAAGAACCCUCUCUGACCCACCAAGCCCACUACCUCAUGGACCCCAGAAUAAGGGCCAAAUUCCUUGGGGUAAUGAUUUGGGUCCACCAGCCUCUAAAACGGCAAACAAGUUUGAGGGGAUGUCUCAACAAUCAGGCACUGGUACUGCAAAGACUGCACUGGGCCCAAGAGUUCUUCCUAAACUACCUCAAAAAGUGGCACUAAGAAAAAUAGAAACAAUUCAUCUUCCCUCGAUAGAUAAGUCCAGUCAACAUUCGGAAAUCUUUCAGAAAUCAGCUUCACUUUCUAUUGAUCUGCCACAGAAACCACAACCUGGAGAUUUGCCCCCAAAGCCUCAGCCUCUGGAACUAUCCCAGAAACCUCAAAUUGGAGAUUUGCCCCCAAAGCCAGGAGAACUGCCUCCAAAACCUCAACUAGGAGAUCUGCCACCAAAACCACAGCUUGCAGAUUUACCUCCCAAGCCACAAAUGAAGGACCUUCCGCCAAAGCCUCAACUAGGAGAAGUUUUGGCUAAAACUCCAGGUGGAGACCUAUCGCCAAAGCCUCUACUCUCAGAGGCAAAUCAGAAGUCGCUUUCUGUGGAUCUUUCUCCAAAGGUACAGUCUAGAGGGACCAUCCAAAAGCAAGCCUCGGAAGACUCCAACGACGUGACACAUGCAUUGCCAGAUACCCCAGUGCCACUUCCUAGAAAAAUUAAUGUGGGGAAAAACAAAGUUCGAAGAGUGAAGACAAUCUAUGAUUGCCAAGCAGAUAAUGAUGAUGAGCUUACGUUUGUUGAAGGAGAAAUUAUUAUUGUAACAGGUGAAGAGGACCAAGAGUGGUGGAUUGGCCACAUUGAAGGACAGCCAGAGAGGAAGGGGGUUUUCCCAGUAUCCUUUGUCCACAUUAUGUCCGACUAAGUCAAAUCGGAAACUUGAGCAUUGCACAUCCUUCCUGCAAGACGGGCUUUUAGCACGAAGCAAACAGCUGCUGCCUCCCUGUAUUUCUGUGCACAAUUGUGGAUAUAUAUGUGUAUAUAACUGCUGUUACAGAACAAGGACUCAUGAUGGCUCAUCCUCUGGGGUGACUUGUACUUGUAUUGUAAAUAGAAGGUAUUACUCUGCCUUUGCCAGUAUUAUGGUAGCCUUGGGACCUGGCACGCCUUAUUGGGUUUGCUCAAGCCAUCCCUGGCAUCAAGCACUUACAUCUCUUUGUGUGUUUGAACUACCAACUCUCCAAAUAUGAUUGGUCUCAUUCAAUCCUGUUUAACUGUACAGAAAUUACCAUUCCUAAUAAGUCAGUAUUCUUAAAAUAGGUAACUAGCAGAGAGUUAGAUUCCGUUUUCAAAAUGAAUUGCUUUGGCUCAUUUACAGCCCAGUUUACAGCUACAAAUAUACACAAUUUACAGCUUGUGAAAUCCACUUCCUUGGUAUUUGUUAAAGAAAGUGUUCAAUGUAUGCAUCAAACAAAAGAAAUAUUCACUGACGCUACAGAUAAUCAGUAGUAUUUUAUGGUGUGUGAACAGCAUUUCAUGUUUGUAUUAUGUAGUUACAGUUUCUCCCUGUGAUAUUUACCUCACUUAACACCAUCUGAAACUCUUUAAUAAAAAUUACUCAUAUCUAAUGAAGGAGUGCAUCUGGGACUUCUGGCUGGAGGUUUCCUUUCAUUGAACUAGAGACUUGUAAGAAAAAUCGUCCAUUCUCAUUUGCAUGCAUUCAGAUAAUUCCUUGCAACCUCUGUUCAUGCAGGAAUGUUAUAGUCAUCUCUCAGCAAUACAACUUUGUGAUGAACUGCUUCAAUCUACCCAGAUUGAAAGAUUAGCUUAUAUGAGUAUUUGUUUUCUAACCAAUUGGCUCACCUAGAAAAUAACUUGUGGAGGAUUUCAUGGUUUUUCUCCCCACAAGCCUUCAAACCAUUGGAGGAUAUUAAGUCAUAAUAUUCACUUUAUUAUUGCUUCGAAAAAUUGAAACAGUUAAAAUGAUUAUGGAAAUUAGUGUAAAAGAUAACCUUGGCUGCAAAUGGCCAGCUAUUAAAUAGAGAAACCAGACAAUAAUAUCUGGAAUUACAUUUGCCUUUAUUGAAUACUAAUUAUGAUUCAGGGUUGAUCUCUAGGGAUGUGCACAAGAUUUGCCCGAAUUUGAGUUGAAUGAAUUCAGAUUGAUACAAUUUGGAACCAUUGAACAGAGUGGAGAUUCGCUUGAAUCUAUUUGAAUUUGGGUAAAUUUGCUCAAAUUCAAUUCAACUCGAUUCAAAUUCAGGUGAAUUUGAAUCUAUUCAAAUGAAUCUCCACUCUGUUCAGUGGUUCCAAAUUGAAUUGAUUUUAAUUCAGAUCUGAUUCGGGCAAAUUUCAUGUACAUCCCUAUAACCCUGAGCAUCUGCCAAUAAUCAUGGAACCACAAACUUAAUAACUUAGGAAUGAUAUGUGUUGAUGUGAUCGCUUAGUAGUUUUCAGACUGCAUUACCAGGAAAUGCAUUACUUGCAGCUAUAACAUUGUUCUCUAUCCUAAUCAACACACUUAAUGUAUUAGGGAUAUACUCAUUAUGAUCUAUACAAUUUAUUUUUUAUCAUCAGCAAAACAGAGUGCUCUUGCUUUGAUUAUGAUCAAUGGAACACAUAUUAUGUCUGUUUGCUAGGUUUGCCUGGCAUGCAAUAUGGCUUAAACAAUUACUUUGGCAAUAGCAUUUCUUUUCCUUUACAGCAGAUUCUUGUGCCUGACUUCACGUCAAAAAGUUUCAUUUCACAAAAGCACAAAUUCAAAUUAAUCUCCCUAAAGCUUUUGCUUUUGAUGUUUUACAAACCUGUACUCAGUGAAUAUUUAUUUUUUUAUUUAAAUGGUUAACCUACAAAACAUAAUCAAUUUUUAAAAAUCUUGCAUGAAGAAUAGCAAAAUAUUUAUCAGCUAUUAUUGGAAGGUGGUUUCUAAACAACUGCUUCAUCUGCAUCAUGACACAUUUUGUUAAAAGAUAUAAAUAUACAAAUGAGCUAGAGCCUCCUGGUAUCACUCUGCAGUGUUACCUAUUUCAGUGUUUUCAGACUCACGCUGUUUCUACAAAAGUCAGAACAAAACAUGACUUAGCAUUCCAUAUUGCUCAUUAAUGCAGUGAGUUUCAGACUCAUUAAAGAACAAAACGGAUCUACCUUUUUUGUCAAUUAUUUUUAAAUGAUCUCAAAAUCCACUGGCUUAAGAAGAAAAAGCAAACCAUACAAAGAAGCUCCAGAAGUGUAAAAUGAUGUAGAGUCAAAUGUCUAUUAUUUUGUAUGCUUUUUGAAGUAGUAUAAUAUGAAUUUUUUAAAAGAAAUAAAAUUAGUUCCAUCAGGAACAAGAGUUGACUAUUCUGGGUGAUUUGAGAAUCCAUAGGAGAAUUAAAAUGCAAUGUGUGAUAUAUAGGUUGAGUUUAAGUACAGUAUUAUAUUUAAACUCAGAGCCACUAUCUGCAGUUUUGUACAUGACAUAUUUGGGAAAUCUGUGUUUGGGGUUUUCCCCCCAGGAGAGGGAAGUAUGUUCUGCAAAUGGUGUGUUAUUUUACUGUUGAACAGCAAUUGCUAUUUAUUUUUUUAUGACAUCGUACAUCAACAUGUAUAGAAAGCGGAUCUGGUAGUGCCACUAGGCAGAAGCUGAAGUCUCAUUUGAAUGUUAGAUCAUCAUACAUCAGUACCCUUGUCUCCUCACAUGUGUUUAAUGUGACAGUUUGAGUACUGUAUGUGUUAAUUUCUACUUUUUUAAUAUUUAAAAUUGCUUUUAAAUAAAUGUAUUCAGUUGA